GUUUGAGAACACUGUACAGUCACAAAACAAAUCUACUGUGCAGCCCAAACACCGUGAGUCCACAGAGGCUGCCACACAGUCCAAAAAACUUGACACUGUUGGACUCACUAAGUCAUCUGCAUCCCAGUCAUGAUCAUACAACACAAUUACCGUUGUGAGUCAUUCACCUGUGGAGCUAGAGGGAUCGGUGUGUCUCUGGGAAAAUCCUAAUGGUAUCCCAUCUGCUGACAUUUCCUGGCUUAAAGAGGACACUGAAAGAGGGCUGUUUACUCCUGUUCAGACAUACAAGGAUGUCACUGGUGUGUUAAAGAGGCGACGGGUGAUUAAAUCAGAUUGCAUGUGGUUUUGUCCACCAGAACCUCCUGGCUAUGCCAGGGCUGCUGUGCCCAGUGUACAGCUCUUUUGCUUCGCAGCCACGUCUUUUUGUGGGGUCCUGUUGGGUAUGGAAGUCCUCUCUGAAGUGUCCUCGAGCUGACGAAUGUGUGGGUAAAGGACAAAAUGUGCACAUAUAUAAGUCUGGCUAUCACCAGGACUUCAGGUAUGUCACAUCUGUGACGUGUCCAACUGGUACACGAUGCUUACUGAGGUCCCGUGCUGCGGCCAUGUACAAAGGCAGGCAGAAGUGGCGGAGGAGGAAAAGUUGGUCGGUGGCUUGCCUGGGACUCGGCAAUUUUAUCACAACUCAGGGACACCAAGCCAUGUUCCCGGCAAUCCUGACUAGCAAAACCAAAGGAAACACUAUGGUCAAGCUUUGGCGGCAGAUACAGGAGAAUCACAUGCAGGAGUACCUUCAGCGGAAGGACCUGUGCGCCACACUCCUAAUGACUUUUGCGGAGCCCGGGGGUAUCGUCUCAUCCUUACAGCACACAUUCCAGGCGCCACUUCCUCCAAGAGAGCUUCCCUUUGCAUGGCUCUUGCACCACACUUUCCUGCUGGCAGAGGCCAGCAAUAUGAGGGAUUACCGAAGCCAGAUUCUGUCCACUUUUGGCACAGUGCUGAAAAUGGAUUCCACCAACAAAGUGGUGAAAAAGCUGUCUGGGGAAGGUCAUGGUUCGGAAAUGAAAUGCUUGUGCGUCUGGACAUCUUUCACUGGAUCCACCGGUUUGAUGCAGCCAUCCGUACAGAGCCUCAUGCAAAGUACUCUGCAUUUAAGUCCGCACUGAAGUGAGUCUCUUCAAAACACCUGGUAGAAAAGUCCUCAUUUCAAAAGGUUGUUAUAAUAUUAAUACAAUUUGGGACAAACUGAAGAUCACACAAGGUGAAAUAUGAGCCCACGCCCAGCACUGCACGGACCAAGGUUUUGAAGGGAAGGAGAGACUUGUUGAUGCCAGUCUCCCAGCCCCAGCCACCUCUUCCACCUGUGCCACUACUAGCCGUGGGUUUUUAUAAUCGAUUUAUCGACUAAAAUCGAUUCCGGCUU